AGGGCCUCAAUAAUCAGCAAUAAGCUCAACAACGGAGAAAUAUACGGAGGUCGGCGGAAUCCGCAAACGUCGUCGUUUGCGCCUGGAUCUCCUGUCGGUCGGCGUGUGGGAGGAAAAGCUGGAACACAGACCAAGUCAGCUACUUCGCCAACAAGUUCUUCACCACAACAUAGUCCGCGCAACGACCAUAAUACUGGUAACAAG